AUGUUCUAUCCUCUGGAACUUCCAAGGCCACGUAGGCCACUUUAUGGGGCUUUUGGGGGGCAAUCAGGACUCAUCCAGACGCAGAAGGAUCCCAAGGACAAGAGUCGGUUGGGAAGACUUUGGCGUUUCUAUCUGCCGUAUUUCAAGGAUUACGCAGAAGAAUCCUCUGUACAUGGCAUACGAUAUCUGGCAGAUCCCAAGUUGAGGAAAUUCGAGAGGUAUGGAAGUAUAAAUUAUAAGUUCAUCUGGCUUCUGAUUCUGAUAGCCACCAGCAUUGGUGCCAUUUUGGUUUACGUGGACCUGAACGAACUGUAUCAAUCGGUGCGAAUUCAGACUACCAUUAAGAACACCAUGCUACCGAUUUUUCGAAUACCAUUUCCCUCGAUUGGCCUCUGUCCAAGAAACCGACUGAACUGGAAGCUCCUGGAGAACGGAGCAGCUGAGCACUUCCUGGGUGCCAAUGUGUCUGCCGUCAAAAAGGACCUCUUUAUCAAGUUCUUCACAGCGGCGGGCGAUCCUCAUUUGUCCCGCAUGAACGAAAUGUCCAGAUUCUUUAUGAACGAAACUCUGGCUAGUAAUCUACACAUGUUAGAUUCUCUAAACCUUCGGGAUGUCUAUAAGUACAUUCAGUUUAAGUGUCAAGAUCUCUUCAAAAUGUGCCGAUGGCGGGGCAAUCCAGUCAAUUGCUGCGAUGUAUUUGAGGACCAGUUCACGGAGUCUGGUCUAUGUUUCGUCUUCAACACGGAAAUAAGUCCAAGAUCGCGAAAAAGAGCAAAGGAGGACCAGUUCUAUCCCCGAAGGACGGCGCAGUAUGGCGAAGGAACUGGACUGGAUGUUUUUCUGAGGCUUAAUAGAUCCCUCAUCCGCCCCGGAAAAAGGGGCAUAAAUGUCAUGAUCAAGCAGACGCAGCAGUGGAGCGAUGCCAUACGUCUCGUGCCUCCAGAGACACACAGCAGGGUCAGCAUCACACCACGCUACACCGUCUCUAGCGAACGGACCCGGUCCGUGCCUACGGAGGUCAGAAGAUGUCUUUUUGAUGACGAAACUGACAGUCCGCACUACAAAAACCUGCCGGGAUUCCAGUACUGGGUGGGUAAUUGCCGCAGCAGGUGCCACCAGGAACAUGUCCUCGACCUCUGCAAUUGCUCUCCCUCUAUAUUUUUUCCCUUCAACGAAAAUGAUAAUUUUACCCUCUGCAAGCCCUCGGACUUCAAGUGUCUCUAUGACAACAGACUUACAUUCAGCAUUGAACGCCAUCCCGAUGAGAACGAUUUUGUUAAGAAUCCUUUUAAUGAAAGCAUGAUUUGUGACUGUUUCACCAGUUGCACUCAGCUUAUUUUUGAGCGGGUUUAUACCACUAACCCACUAGAUAAUAACGAGACGGAUACUGAGGCGGGUACUACGCGCAUAGAUAUAUUCUUUCAAUCUGGUUGGUUCGUUCAAUAUCAAACCGUCAUGAGAUUUACCUUUGUGGAGCUCCUGGCUAGUUUUGGUGGUAUAAUUGGGCUCUUUCUGGGCGCCUCUUUACUUAGCGGCUUUGAGUUGGUCUACUACUUCACUAUUGGUCUUUAUAUGUACGUUCAUGAUAAGAGAGAAGUUAAGAAACCAGAGCCUCGCAUUGUAACUAUACCAUUUGGCCAGAGAAAAAUAACACCAAUUAAGUACAUACAUCAAAGUUUUAAUAAAUAAAGUAUGGAUC